AUGACUGCUGACUUCCCUUGUAUGCAGUUCCCAGAUUGGUGGGAUAUACAUACUCAAAAGGGUAACCAUCUUACUAAACUCCCCAAUACACGUGUGGCGUUUGGCAAUGGUCGAGCAAUGGUUGCUGACUGGGGACGCGUUGGAUCUUGCCAGAUAGCACUGGCUGACAGUAGUGUUUCGGUGCAUGCGGAAAUAUCCUGCGAUUUGGUUGGAUCACUGCACUUCUCGGGGUGCCCCAAGCCCGUUUUGCCCAUAAAUUACCAUUUGAGCGAAGGAACGGAGUAUACCCCCUUUACGCACUUCACUGAGUGCCUUUCAAGGAAACUGGGAAUCACGCAACUCCUCAACGAUCCUGUUUUUGGUCGUCAAGCAUGCGCUGCAUUCGCCUGCACCAAAAUCAUGAUGUUUCUGAAACGAAAUUUCCCCAACUCAACCUCAGCGGAUAAGGGGUCAAAUCACAAGCGUGUCUCAUCGAAUCGCACUCUAAAUUUUCUGAAAUUUCUCGAUGAGUUCACAUCCAAAGCCCUGUCUGCAAACUGUCGACCGGAAAUACUGCGUUUAGCCUUAGAAAAAAUGACUAACUUUACUGACUAUGAGAGGGAUAAUGGUAGAACGCGGGCAGACAAAUCGUGUAUUUCAUUGCACUCAUCGUCCAACAAACGAAAGGAAAAAUCACCCUUGACACAAGUUCUUGCAUCGAUUUUUCGGAUUCCUUUUAGUGAAGACGAGGCCAAGCUUGUGACAACUCACUUGGGUUUAGGCGAUACGAUUAAUUUCAACCACCAGCCGGACCCUACAAAACUUUCAGAAUUGUCAUGUGCUGUCGAUCCUUUUCUCAUAAUACUGUCUGCAAGGAGGGUAAAUCCUGAUUUCCUCGGUCAUGGUUGUCUGCGAAUAGUCGGCGUUGAGUCUCCUAAAAUGUUCUGGGCACCACCUAUUCCACGCAGCGCCACCUCACCGUCAAUUCCCUGCAUUUACGCCGCACCGCUUUCUGUUGACACCUCAUUUCCCCUGUCACAGAACAGUUUUUGCGCCAUCCAAUUACCGACAGAGUUUGUGGAAUCUUCAGUGUGUGAAAUUGAUGCCGUUCAGCUAGACGAGUCUUCCUUCUACGUAAUCGCUCGCAGCACCUCUGGCCAAGUUUUCACUGGGAGGACAAAGUAUACGCUUUCUAAAUCCGAUAAUCUGGAGGUGAUAUCAAGCGAGGCCUUUCCAUUCGAGUCACCUACUGGUUAUCGACCGAUUUCAAUGGCCAUCAGUCCAUGGCGCAGCCGUUCCGCUAAACCAAGCGCAAAGUCCCUCUCAUGGGCUCUUGCUGGGCGCAGGUACGAUCCGGUCGCCUUCCCAGGCUCGCAUUUAGCGGUUGUGGAGGUCUAUGAUGCUAGAAGAAACCAGCGUUCAUGGUGUGGUCAAAUUCCACUCAACAGUGAUGGUGAGUGUAUAUCCCAUGUGCUUUCUAAUUCAGUCGCCGCCUCCAGUGUUGAAUAUGUGGAAGGGCGUUGUGCAGAAUUUGAGGCAACAAAACCGAGUUAUGCCAAUUCCUUUCUUCACAAUAGUCUUCUCAACUACAGCGAACAGGUUCGGCGUAAGCGGACUUCUAGCAGUUUCUUGUCGCCAGAACAAAUACUUCGUCAGGGAGAACUGGACUUCCAGAUUAGUCACGCAUCUACGUGGGUGCGCGUGGGAUAUGGAGAUGCACCCGGCCUUCUUUCGCUCACUACACCAAAACGCUUUCUUUUAAUUGACACUCGGAUCUCUGGAGCCUGUGCAGCACAAGAACUCUUAAAUAUUUCAAAAACGGUGGUUGGUCUGGACAAAGGCCGACUGUUUAAUCCAUCGGAGUGCAUUUUCCAUUCCCAGCCCACCUGGUAUGGAGAUGUAUAUGCCACAUUAGCAACUGACUACAACGGCUUAGUGGUGGAUAAACGUAUGCCAGGACAUCCGGUACUCCACUGGUCCCAUUGUCUUCGAGGUCCUUUGACGUAUUCAGAAUUUUGCGACUUUGGAGUUCAGCCUAAUGAUUUUCCUGCUCAAGUGGCUCUUUUGACAGCUUCCCAAUUGCCUGGGGAAGUAUCAGUCACAGGCAUCAAUUUCCAUGUAGGUACGCAGGUGGCGCCAAAUCUGGUCGGCCCAUGUCUAUCCGGAGGUGUUCUAACGGAUAUCGUUGACUGCCCAUUAAACAGUCUCCCCAAUGGUGUUCUCGACCCGCACUUCUGUAAUGAUCGCCUUUCUUCAGGGAUUAUUGGUGCGACUGCUUCCAUGCUUCAAGAUAAAAAAAGUGGCGACCCGAUAGGAAUUCGCGGUCUUAUGUUAACCUCUCAAGGUGAUAUUUUCUGCAGCGACUGGUUUUUCUCCCACCAGGCCGCCAUGGAGUCUCACAAAAGUAAUGCAACUAACAUACGGUUGUGGUGCCUGAGUUCUGACAAUUCAAACCAACCCAAGGUGUCUAGUCUUGGCGUCUCCGAAACCUCCGGAAUCUUAUUCGGUGGUGAAUCGGAAUCUGAUACCAAGCCCAUAGGGAUAGAUGAGGACUACGCUUUUGAAGACAUCUUCGAAUCAGGUCGCGAUUAUCAUGAAUCGACGUACUCCAGUUUAUUGCAAGCAGAUUUGUGCCAAAUUCUAAACGGUGAACCGGUAUCCACCUCUUUAUCAUCAAAACGAAAUAAAGAGGAAGAAACAUACCAGGAAUUCUUGGAUGAAAUAAUUGAGUCAGCAAAGCGAAAACGAAGUGACCAUACGAAAUGA